AUGAACUGUGAGCCGGGUCUCCUCAUCCAGCCUCACAGAUGGACGCAGAUUCCCACAGAGACACCUCCAAACUCUUGUGGAGACCUUCCCAAAAGAGUGGAGGAUGUUUAUUACAGAGCUCUAGUGAAUUUCACCACUUCUAUAGACUACUCGCUGGACCUGGACAAUGUCUCCUCCGACCAGUUCCGGGAUCUGUCCGAGGCUGUCGUUGACACGCUGGAGUCCGAAUAUUAUAAAAUCCCCGGAGAACAAAUGGUUAAUGUCGUAUACGUCAAGUUGAUAGAUGGCGAUGUGUUUGUGGAGCUGGAUGUGGGAUCGGAAGGUAACACCAACGAUGGACAAAUCCGCCAGGUCUUGUACUCCGUCAUAGAGAGCGGCUCCAUCGCCAGCUACGUCACCUCCGCGCAGGGAUUCCAGUUCCGGCGCCUGGGAGCUGCACAAACGCCGCCACCUCCUGUUGGGUUUGAGCCUCCAGUCACCCCUCCAGUGCGCACCUGUAGAGUGGACGAGUUUGCCUGCACCAACGGUGAGUGCGUCCCCUUGGACUUCCGAUGCGACCAGCGCCACGAUUGCCGGGACAUGUCCGAUGAGGAGGGGUGCGAACGUGUGCUCUGCGGUGACACGGACUUUACAUGCGGCAGCGGCGAGUGUAUCCCCAGAACCUAUUACUGCGACGGCCGAUCUGAUUGCCAGGACUCGUCUGAUGAGCUUCAGUGUGAUUUUGCCACCACACCCUUCAAGCGUCCCACCCCCAAGCCCCCCAUAGAUGAGCCACGGCCAUGCCGGAGGGAAGAAGCGCGUUGCCCCAAUGGGCAGUGUAUACCUCGCGAUUAUCUGUGCGAUGGGGAACGUGACUGCAAAGAUGGAAGCGAUGAACUGAACUGCGGAACCCCCUCUCCCUGCGAGCCCAACGAGUUCAAGUGUAGGAAUGGACGCUGCGCCCUGAAGCUCUGGCGAUGUGACGGCGACGAUGACUGCGGGGACAAUUCUGAUGAGACAAACUGCCCCACUAAAGGGCCAAGUGACAUGUGUGCCCCGGAGCAGUUUGUCUGCGUCCAGUCCCGGACCUGUAUCCCAGCCAGUUACCAGUGUGAUGAGGAGGCCGACUGUCCAGACCGAUCUGAUGAAGUGGGCUGCAAUCCUCCCCAGGUGAUCACUCCACCAGAGGAGAGUAUUGUCGCCUCCCGGGGUGACACAGUACGCUUUACCUGCGUGGCCAUCGGAAUCCCGAUUCCCAUCAUCACCUGGAGGCUGAACUGGGGCCACAUUCCCACCAGCAGCAGGGUCACCAUGAGCAGCGAGAACGGACAUGGAACGCUCAUCAUUAGGGAUGUGAAAGAGGCCGAUCAGGGAGCGUACACGUGUGAGGCCAUCAACGCAAAGGGCAUGGUGUUCGGUAUUCCUGACGGCAUUCUGUCCCUGAAGCCAUCCAGAGGUCCUUGUUCUGAGGGCUUCUUCCACGUGGACUCCACCUCCAGGUGCAUUCCCUGCUUUUGUUUUGGUGUUACCAAGAUGUGCCACCAGACGGGACGCUACCGAAACCAGAUCAGACUUAGCUUUGACACUGACGGUGAAUUUAAAGGUGUGAAUGUGACCUCCCCGCAGGGCUUCCCUCCCCUCUCAUCUAAUCAGCUCCAGAUUGACACAACGUUUGGGGAGUUUCAGCUCGUCGAUCUUUCUCGAAGGUUCCUGAGUCAUGAUUCCUACUGGACGCUCCCAUUUCAGUUCCUGGGGGACAAGGUGGACUCCUAUGGAGGUUCCCUCAGCUAUAAAGUCCGCUAUGGUCUCACCAGAGGCCAGUCGGAGCCAGUGAGAAAGCCAGACGUCAUUCUGGUAGGAAAUGGACAGAGACUGAUCUAUCGGGUCCAGUCAUUCACCCAGCCAUCUGUUGUCAACCAGCGGGCGAUCCAAUUCACCGAGGAGAAUUGGCAACAUGAAUCUGGAAGGGCUGUGACCCGGGAGGACCUGCUGAUGACCCUCCAGAAUGUGGAAGCCAUCAUGAUCCAAACUGUCUACGACAACAAGAUGGCCAGCGUUGGCUUGGCAGACAUCGUCAUGGAUACAACCUCUGUGGAGUACUCCCAACUGGGCGUGGCGAUGGGUGUAGAAGAGUGCAGGUGCCCCGCGGGGUAUUCAGGCCUCUCCUGCGAGGUUUGUUCCCCACAGUUUGAGCGCGUUCCUGGAGGACCUUUCCUGGGCACCUGCUCUGGAUGCAACUGCAAUGGCCACGCCAGAUCCUGCGACUCUGAGAGCGGCUACUGCAUAAACUGCCAACACAACACGGAGGGGCCGCAGUGCAACAAAUGUAAGGCCGGCUUCUUCGGAGACCCCACUAAAGGAACGGCCGAUGCCUGCCGACCUUGUCCGUGCCCUCUGAUGGACCCGACACGCAGGUACUCGGACACGUGUUUCCUGGACACAGACAGUCAGCCAACAUGUGACAACUGUGCCGAGGGUUACACCGGGCGGCGUUGUGAGAGGUGUGCGGUCGGGUACGAAGGUGACCCAAUGAGACCUGGCGGGCGAUGUGAACCCGCCGACACGGGAAUAUGUGAUGAUCGGGGCAGCGCCGUCUCCUCUUCGAGUGCUUGUGUAUGUAAGCCUCACGUCUCAGGGAAGUUGUGCAAUGAAUGUAAAAGUGGAACUUUCUACCUCAGCGAGCGGAACCCGGACGGCUGCUUGAAGUGCUUCUGUAUGGGAGUGACGCGGCAAUGUUCCAGCUCCUACUGGAACCGGCACCAGGUCCGCGCAACGUACGGCAGCCACGAGAGGGCGCCAUUUUCCAUCACCAAUAUUGCCAGCACCACCACAAUCCGUGAGGGCAUCAGCGUGACGAGUCCAUCAGAGCUGACAUUUGGCUCCUUCAACAAUAUCCCCCAGGACACCUACUUCUGGGUGCUGCCGGAGAGCUUCAAGGGAGACAAGGUCACAUCAUAUGGUGGGGAACUGCGCUACACCAUCACCUAUGAGGCCACCUACGGGGCCCAGUCUCUGGAUACCCAGCCUUACGUCGUUCUCCAGGGAAAUGGCAUCUUCCUGGAACAUUACGCUGAUGUCAGAAGUUCUCCUGGAUUCCCCAUCACCAUCACCGUUCCCUUCCGAGAGCGUUUCUGGCGGAGGACAGAUGGUCAGGAUGCUACACGUGAGCACUUGCUAAUGGCUCUGGCAGAUAUUGAUGUUCUGAUGAUCCGGGCGUCGUAUGCGGACAGGAUGGUGGAAAGUCGAAUCUCCAAUAUCUAUAUGGACAUCGCCGUUCCUCACUCUACGGGCCUGCAGCAGGCGGUGGAGGUGGAAGACUGUGCCUGCCCCAUCGGCUACACGGGACCAUCAUGUCAGGACUGUGACAUUGGCUACACGCGAUCUACCAGCGGUCUAUAUCUGGGCACAUGUGAGCGCUGCCAGUGCAGUGGCCACUCUACAGAGUGUGACGGGGAGACGGGAGAGUGCCUGAACUGCCAGCACAACACUGAGGGACCCAAAUGUGACCGCUGCAGACCGGGCUUUUAUGGAGACCCAAGACGUGGAAGUCCCGGAGAUUGCCAGCCUUGUCCAUGCCAGGGCACAUCAAGCCAGUACUAUGGAACAUGCUUCUUGGACUCCGAUGGCCAGCCAACAUGUGACUCUUGUCCCUCUGGUUACCUUGGACGCCAGUGUGAAAGGUGUGCUCCGGGUUACCAGGGAGAUCCAUCUCGAGGACAGCCCUGCACAGGUCCCGGUCCCGUUCCGAGCUGCCAGUGUGAUCUGAGGGGCAGCAUCAGUAACACAUGUGAUGCCCGCCGCCAGUGCCCAUGUAAAGCUCAUGUAGAGGGAUUGUCAUGCAGCACCUGCCGCCCCAACCAUUUCUACCUCAACGUGGACAAUCCAGAUGGCUGCCUGCCCUGUUUCUGUAUGGGGGUCACCCAGCAAUGUACCAGCUCCAGCUACCACCGAGAACUGAUCACCAGCCCAUUCCUACCUGGAAAUUUCCAGAACUUUGCCCUGGUGAACCGCCAGCGCAGCACCCGUAUCACAACAGGAUUCACAGUGGAGAUGUCCAUUCAUGGGCCGCAACUCUCCUACCGCCAAUUUGACCAGCUGGGCCAGGAGUCCUUCUACUGGCAGCUACCAGAGAACUACCAGGGGGAUAAGCGGGAGACGUACUUUGCACGGAUGCGUCGGGCCCACAAGCUGAAUGACUCGUCACUGACAGAAGAGGAAAUGCGUAAGAGAGUCGCUGCUGGAGACCUACAGGAACGUUUCAGCCCUCGUUCCAGAUCCCGGCGCCAGGCCCAGAAGGAUAAGAGCCAGGAAGAGACUGACAAUGACAUUUGGAGCCUCUUGUCAAGUUUUUCUUCUAGUGGUUCCCAUCAGCCCCCGACCUCUCUCCUCCCUGACAGUCACAAUGUGUCUGAAGGAGGUUCUCCUCCUUCUUCAUCCUUACACGGAGCUCCAGGUCCAUCUCCUUCUUCUCAUCAAACACAACAGAAAGCAAAGUCCAGGUCAGCCAGUCGUACCUUUCCACCGGUCGGGGCCCCUGGCCACUCACCCAGGAGAACAAUGGAUGAGGCUCUAAGCGGAGAUUCCCCUCGGUCAUCCGGUCAGGAUUCCUCCAACGUCCUCUAUUCUCGCUCUCCGGGAUUACGAGGGGCUGAGAAGUUCACUCUGAUCUACAAGGGCUUCUCUCUGUUACCUGAGGGGGUUUUCUACUGGUCCUUACCUAAAGCUUUCCUUGGGGAUAAGGUGGCGUCGUACGGUGGCACCCUGCGCUACACGCUCAGCUACACGGCUGGAAUUCGCGGCUCUCCGCUGCCCGAUGCAGAUGUUCAGAUCAUGGGAAAUGACAUCACACUGGUUGCCUACCAGACUGAGCUGCGCCCUCGUGACAUCAAGACCUUCGAGAUCGCCUUCCGGGAGAGUCAGUGGAAGCGUCCAGAUGGGCAGCAGGCCACCCGAGAACAUUUGUUGAUGGCUCUGGCUGAUCUCGAUGAAAUUCUUAUCCGAGCCUCGUAUUCCACCGACAUGUUGUCCGCUAGUAUCAGUGGUGUGAGUAUGGAGACUGCCGGACCAUCGUAUACCAGCCUGCCGCAGGCUUUGGAGGUGGAGGAAUGCCGCUGUCCUCCUGGGUACAAAGGCCUGUCCUGCCAGGACUGCGCCCCUGGAUACACACGCACCGGAGGGGGUCUGUACCUCGGCCACUGUGAGCCCUGUGACUGCAAUGGUCACUCCGAGACUUGCCACCCGGAGACUGGAGCUUGUACGAACUGUUUACAUAACACGGGCGGAGAGUUCUGCGACAAGUGCGCGCCCGGCUUCUAUGGCGAUGCCUCGGCCGGAACUCCUGAGGACUGCCAACCUUGUGCGUGCCCGCUGACUGACCCAGAGAACCAGUUUUCUAAGACAUGUGAGACGAUGGGUACAGGGGGGUACCGCUGCACUUCCUGCCCUCCGGAAUACGUGGGACAGUACUGUGAGAGAUGUGCUCCUGGCUACACGGGGAGCCCCAACAUCCGAGGACAGAAAUGUCUUCCUGACGACCGAAGAUCUUCUUUUGUGGUCAGAAUUCAUCCCGACAAGAAGACGGCUGCGGUGGGUGAGAAGGUGACCCUGCACUGCCAGGGCACCGGAGAUCCUCCUCACUACUACUUCUGGACACGAGAAGAUGGGCGACCUCUUCCCAGCACCACCCAACUGAUAGACAGAGGAGAGAGCUUACAUUUCCCCAGCGUUCAGACUUCGGAUUCCGGCGUCUACAUCUGCACCUGCCGCAACUACCAAUUCGCCAACACCAGCCGGGCGGAGGUCACCGUGCAAGCGUCCUCCAUCACCAGACCCAUCACCGUGACGGUGGAGGAGCAGAGGGUGCAGAGCGUGCGCCAGGGAUCGGAUGUCACCUUCAUAUGUACGGCAAAGAGCGUGUCUCCAGCCUACACCCUGGUGUGGACCCGGCAGAACAACGGGAAGCUUCCAGAGAGAGCGAUGGACUUCAAUGGCAUCCUAACCAUCCGCAAUGUGCAGCCGGAGGACGCCGGGAUCUACUUCUGCACCGGCUCCAACAUGUUCGACAUGGAUGAGGGCAACGCCACGCUCUAUGUUCAAGAAACGUCCCAGACAAAGAUGUUUUAUGGACCAUUUGAGACCUUUGAAGGACACAGUCCGUCUGGAACAGGGACCCACCCCACAGCCAUCAUUGAACCCAGGCAGCUGACUGUCCAGCAGGGUCAACCGGCAGAGUUCCGCUGCACAGCGUCCGGGAACCCUCCACCGACCGUGGAAUGGACAGGUGGACAGAACGGAGGCAUCUCCUCUAGAGCAAGCAUCCAGGGAGGUGUCCUGAGAUUCCCAUCCGCCCAGCACUCCGAUGAGGGUCAGUACACCUGCACCGUCCGCAACAGUCAUGGACACCACAUUGCCCGGGCCGAUCUGCGAGUACACAGUGGGAAUCUUCCAGUUGUCCAGGUGAGCCCAGAACGUACCGAAGUCAGAGAAGGUGACACAGUCCGCCUGUAUUGCAGAGCUGGUGGCAGUCCUAUGGCGACAAUCUCCUGGAGGAAGCAGGGUGGCAUUCUACCACCACAGGCUCGCACAGAGAGGACAGACAUCGCCACCCUUGUGAUCCCCUCCAUAUCUGCAGCCGACGGUGGCACCUAUCUCUGCGUUGGCACCAAUACGGCUGGCACCGCGCAGGGCCGCAUUGAAGUCAUUGUAGUGAGAGCCUCUGGAUCGGCUCCUCUGGUGAGGAUUGAGCCGUCAUCUGACACGAUACAGGAAGGACAGACUGUGGAGCUGAACUGUGUGGUGGCGUCGUACCCGCAAGCCGUGGUCACGUGGCACAGGCCGGAUCGCCCACUCUCGCCAAAUCACCAGGUGUACGGCUCCCGACUCAGAAUUCUACAAGCCUCCUCCGCAGACUCCGGGGAAUAUGUCUGCCGGGUCACUAAUGGCUUUGGCACACAGCAGGCCUCCAUUGUUAUCACCAUCACCCGUAGCCCCGGCGCUCCGAUCUACCCGGAAAACAUUCCCGUCCUCCGGAUCGAGACCUCCUCCGGCUCGCUGGUCGAGGGGCAAACCCUGGAGCUGGAUUGCCAGGUUUCUGGCUUUCCCGGUGCCGUGGUCACAUGGCACAGACCAGGAGUUCCGCUUUCACCAAACCAUCAGGUGUCCGGUUCGCGGCUGAGGAUCCUACAAGCUUCAGCAGCAGAUUCUGGCGAGUAUGUCUGUCGCGUGACCGCCGGCGCAAUCACUCAGCAGGCGUCCACCUUCGUGACCGUCUCCCGCGUAUCCGUUGACCCGUCCGGCUUUGUCCCGGCAUUGAGGAUCGAACCGUCUUCCAGCUCGGUGACAGAAGGACAAACCCUGGAGCUGAACUGUGUGGUCUCCGGGCAGCCAAACGCUGCCGUGACCUGGCAAAGAACCGGGCGACCUCUCUCCUCCAAUCACCAGGUUUCGGGUUCCCGUCUGAGGAUUGGUCAGGCGUCUGUAGCCGACUCCGGGGAGUACAUCUGCCGCGUCACCUCCGGAACGGUCACCCGUCAGGCCUCCAUUACGGUCACCAUUACCCACAGAACCGGUCCGGCCAUCUCCCCCGGCAUCACUCCGACAAUCCGGGUGGAGUCUCCGUCCGACUCGCUGGCCGAAGGGAAGACCGUGGUCCUGAACUGCGAUGUUGAAGGUCUAACACAUCAGGAGGUCAAUUGGUACAGACAGGGCCAGCCUCUGUCAGCCAAUCACCAGGUGUCGGGCUCCCGUCUGCGCAUCGUCAACGCAUCGCCCCGGGACUCCGGAGAAUACAUCUGCCAGAUCAGCAGCGGCAACGGCAUCCAGGCCGCCUCCAUCAUGGUCACCAUUGAAGGCUCGCACCAUAACUCUGGCCUCUCCGGGGCUAUUCGCAUUGAGCCGUCAUCACAGACGGUGGAGGAGGGGCAGCAUGUGGAACUUACUUGUUUGAUUGACGGAUACUCCAGCCACCCAGUGACCUGGCAUCGGCCGGGGGGCCGCCCUCUACCUCCAAAUCACCAGGUCGCGGGGCCACGGAUGCGGAUCCUGAAAGCCACCCCAGCUGAUUCCGGCGAAUACAUCUGCCGAGUGAACACCGGAUCCGGCGUCCGGGAGGCGAUCAUUAACGUCAUCAUACAACGCACCGCACAAGCGCCUGCGCACACCCCAUCGCCCAUCCUCAUUGAGAAGAACCCGGGGACGGUCACGGAGGGUCAGACGGUGGACCUGAACUGCUUGGUUGUUGGAAAUCCCGACGCCGUAGUCACCUGGAUGCGUCCGCAGGCCGAGUUUUCUCCAAAUCACCAGAUUUCGGGUUCCCGCUUGCGCGUUCUGCACGCCUCCCGAGCCGAUUCCGGAGAGUACGUCUGCCGGUACAAUAGCGGCUCCGAGAUACUGAAAGGCUCCAUCGUCCUCUCUGUCCAUCACGGGGCCCAGAAGACUUACCGUCUGGAGACUCCGGUCAUCUCCAUUAACCCCCACAGCGCCACCGUGCUCCAGGGGGAAAACGCCACCUUUAAAUGCCACAUCCACAAAGGUGCUCAACCCAUCCGCGUGACGUGGAAAAUGGGAAGUAACCAGCCGAUCCAAGAUAAUGUCAACAUCAGCUCGGAUGGCACUGUCCUUACUGUUGUCAGUGCUCGCCACAAGAACCAAGGUUCCUACCGCUGUAUGGCCUCCAACAUCUACGGGGCAGUAGACAGUGCUGUGACGCUGGUGGUAAAAGGACGGCCCACCGUCUCUGUGAUCCCACCGGGACCCAUCACAGUGAAUGUAGGCGAUACGAUUAGCUUGGAAUGUAAUGGAAUGGGAGACCCCAGACCAGUGGUCAACUGGCGGCGUACCGGAUCCAGACAGAUCAUCAAACAGCAUAGCCACGCCCCCCUGGAUAGCCACGCUAUGUUACAGAUUCCAUCAGCGAAGGCCGAGGACGCCGGAUCAUACACCUGCACCGGGCAAAACCCGGACGGUACCGCGCAAGUCCACGUGCAAGUCCGAGUGGAGAACAGAGUGGUGAAGCCUGGAGUUCCCAUAGUCACAGCAGACCAGGAAGUCCACGUCAUGCUGGCUGGGGAACGCGCCACCCUCAGGUGCUCUGCCACAGGAAACCCAACUCCAACGAUCACAUGGUCCAAACUCCGAGCUCCUCUUCCCUGGCAGCACCAGGUGGUCAACAAUACAUUAAUCAUCCCCAGAGUGGCCCAGCAGGACUCCGGGCAGUACAUCUGCAACGCUUCCAACACUAAUGGGCACUCGGAGAUUUUCGUCACCCUGGAUGUGGAGAAUCCCCCAUAUGCCACCACCGUCCCCGAUGAGCUGUCCGUGGCUGUGGGAGAAGCCAUCCGGUUACAGUGCCUGGCGCAUGGCACGCCUCCGCUUAAAUACCAGUGGACCAAAGCCAACGGCUCUCUCUCAGACUCGGCUUCCAUACAGGAGGGAGUGCUGAUCGUCAGUCAGUCGACAACCGGAGAUGCCGGCACCUACCGCUGUGUGGCCAGCAAUAAAGUGGGCAGAAGCGAGGCCACCGCCCAAGUCAGUGUUUUGGCACAAUUUUCUGUGCGGGUUUCGCCUCAGAUAGACACGAAGGCGAUCGGUGCCGCAGCAGAAUUUACUUGUAGUGUGAUCGGAGAUCCAAGGGCCAGGAUCCGGUGGAUGAAAGAAGGAGGAGCCCUCCCGUCAAAUCACAGUGUUCAGGGGGCAGUGCUCAGGAUUGUAAACUUGGAUCGUGGCGAUGAAGGCGUCUACACCUGCCGUGCAAACAGCCGCUUCGGUCAAUCCCAAGAUAGUGUCAAGCUGGUGGUCCAAGCUCUGCCCAAAGUCAGAAUUAACAUUCGCACCUCGGUGCAGACUGUGCUGGCUGGGAACUCGGUGGAGUUUGAAUGUUUGGCGAUCGGAGACCCGCGGGCCAAGGUGACGUGGAGCAAGGUUGGAAGCCGCAUGCCGCCAGACGUCGUUAUCAGUGGCGGUACGCUGAAGAUUGAGCAGGUGAAGCAGUCGGACGCGGGUCAGUACCGCUGUACAGCCACCAAUGAUGUUGGGGAGGUGCAGUCCCACGUCAUCCUCCACGUGCAGUCCGUGCCACAAAUUGCCGCUCAGCCGGAGAUGAAGGAAAUAACCACCGGAUCCACCACUGUGUUCCCAUGUCUGGCAUCUGGUUUUCCUGUCCCUGAAAUAACGUGGACCAAGCUGGAAGGAGACCUCCCGACCAACGCUCGCAUCGAGAACAACGUCCUGACCAUCGUGUCUGCGAAGCCCGAGGAUGCCGGCACAUACGUGUGCACAGCGGCCAAUCGCCAGGGCAGAGUCACGGCGUUCUCUAUGCUGAAGGUUCGAGAGAGAAUCGUUCCCUACUUCACCGGGCGCCCCCAGUCCUACCUCGCCCUGCCCAGUAUGAAGGACGCGCACAAGAAGUUCCACAUUAGGAUCACUUUCCGACCCGACGCCGCCGAUGGAAUGCUGAUCUACAGCGGGCAGAAGAAGAGCAGCGGAGCGGACUUCAUGUCUUUCGGUCUGGUGGGAGGACGGCCAGAGUUCAGAUUUGAUGCCGGUUCCGGAAUGGCGACAAUCCGUUAUCCUAUGCCCAUCAAUCUGGGCGAAUUCCAUACCAUAACCCUGUACAGGAACCUGAACCAAGGAUCACUUGUGGUGGACAACCAGACUCCCGUUAACGGGACAUCUCAGGGUAAAUUCCAGGGUUUGGACCUGAACGAGGAGCUCUAUCUAGGAGGUUAUCCCAACUAUGAGGUGGUUGCGAAGACUGGCUUGGGCAAAGGCUUUAUUGGAUGUGUCCGGCAGCUCAUUCUGCAGGGAGAAGAGAUCAUUUUCAAGGAUUUGGAUCUGAGGUCCAAUGGCAUUUCCAACUGCCCAACUUGUAGAGAUCGACCGUGCAAGAAUCGCGGAACCUGUCGGGAUUCGGAAAGCAGCAGCUAUGUGUGCCAAUGUCCCCCCGGCUUUGCUGGCAGUAACUGUGAGCACUCCCAGGCACUGCACUGCCACCCAGAUGCCUGCGGACCCGAAGCGACCUGCAUCAACCGAGCUGAUGGCUUGGGAUACACCUGCCGCUGCCAGCUGGGCAAAUCCGGAGACAAGUGCAUGGAGGGAGUCAUGGUGAACACGCCGUCAUUCAACGGAGAAACGUCGUACAUCUCGUAUCCCCCUCUCACCAACAUCCAUAACGAUCUGCGGGUGGAUCUGGAAUUUAAGCCGCUCUCCCCAGAUGGGCUCGUCUUCUUCAGUGCAGGAAAAGGAGCUCCGGUGGAAGACUUUGUGUCUCUGGCCAUGGCUCGGGGUCAUCUGGAGUUCCGCUACGAGCUGGGAUCAGGUUUGGCAAUCCUAAGAAGUGCGGACCCCAUCGCUCUGGGACAAUGGCACAAAGCAUCUGCAGAAAGAAUCAAUAAGGAUGGAACGCUCCAGGUUAACGGCAGUCCACCAGUGAAGAGGUCUUCUCCAGGGAAAAGCCAAGGCCUCAACCUGAAGACACAGAUGUACCUCGGAGGUGUGGACGGCACGGUGGAGCUCCCACCUGCGGUCAAUGUCACUCAGCCAUACCGGGGCUGCAUUGGAGAGGUUUCCAUCAACAACAAGAAGGUGGACAUCUCAUACAGUUUCAUUGAAAGCCAUGUUAUCAGUCAAUGCUAUGACAGCUCUCCAUGCGACCGCAUGCCCUGCCUGCACGGGGGCAGAUGUAUGCCCACCGGGGAAUACGAGUACCAGUGUCUGUGCCGCGAAGGUUUCAAAGGUGAUCGCUGUGACUCUCAUGAAGAUCAAUGCCAGAUACAGAAUCCGUGCAUAAACGGGGGCAUCUGCAAGGACAACCGAUGCCACUGCCCAGAGGGCUUCUCUGGAACAUACUGCGAGACAGGUGAGAACCGGGAACACAUUUCACUGUACGGAGUUCACGAAGGGAGUGGGGGGAACGACGCCCCAGGAGUGUAUGGGUCAUACUUCGAGGAUGACUCCUACAUAGCUCUACCCAGGCAGAUGUUCCCACGCAGCCGGCCAGACGCACCCGAGACCAUCGAGUUGGAGGUCCGAACGACGUCUACAAACGGCCUCGUUUUCUGGCAGGGAAUGGUGAGUCGAUCGGCGGAAUCUCAGCCAUUGUUUACAUUGCAGGAGGUAAAAGAACAAGGCCGGGAGAGGGACUUCAUCAGCCUGGGCCUCAAGGACGGACACCUCAUCUUCAGUUACCAGCUGGGCAGCGGAGAAGCCAAUAUUAUGACCGAGGAUCCCAUCAAUGAUGGUGAAUGGCACAAAAUCACCGCCAUCCGGGAAGGGAAGUCCGGAUCCAUACAGGUGGAUGGGGAGGAAGUCGUCUCUGGAAGUUCACCCGGUAAAAACAUCAUGGUGGACACAAAGGGAAGCGUUUACAUUGGCGGGGCCCCCGACGUACUGCUGACGACGGCUGGAAAGUUCUCCAGCGGAAUCUCCGGGUGCAUCAAGAAUCUGGUGAUCCUGAACGCGAGACCAUCUCACCAGCUGCACCAGCCCAUCGACUUGAAGCACAGCGCCGAGUCCGGUCAUAACACCAAAGAGUGCCCCUCGUAAGACUGCGCCACCACCCCCCUCACCCACGGGGGGG